AUGCGGCGGAUACCACGAUUGAGACGGCCAUCCAGCCUGUCUACCUCGGCGCCAUGCUCUUCAAUCACUCCUCUAGUUGGCCAAUCUGCGCCGGUAUCCCAGACUAUCUCGACCUCGUGCUGCCGGCCCAUACCGACGACCUUCCAAAGUUCUUUAUCCCUCCGGUUCUACUCAUCCGAUAAGCAGUCGAGCACACAGAGCCGGAGCUCUGCUCCUGAAACCGAACAAGCGCACAAAGAAGAGCUUCAGGAGCUAACCGAAGAGGUUAUAGCAGAAGCAGAGAGUCUCCCACCGCAGUGGCAGGCAUAUAUUCCCCCACCUCGGCGCAGUUAUGCCGAACGGUUGGACGACGUCUCAGAUUCUAGCUACGUACCUGCUUUGACGGCGGACGGUUUGGAGAAGGUCGGCGGACUGAAUAACUGGUGGGACCAACCUAAGCAUUGGACCUCUGAUUUCGUCGGUUUCAAGCCGCCGAAUCCGGUUCUUGACACCGCCGUUCUUGAGACUUCGGUACGGCGAGCCGUCGUGGAGGCGUUUGCGCUGAAACAGGCGGGGCGAGAAGACGAGCUGAUAAAAGCUUGGCCGAUAGCAGGCUUGGAUGAAUUACAUCGCCUAUUGGGCGUGGAGAUCAACGUAACAAAGGACGGCGCUGUGUCGCUGACUGGGGAUGUAUCUGCAGUAGUAGACUCGCUAGUCCAAAAGAACGAGCUUGCAAUUACCAAUGAGUCCCCCGAGGAAAGCAUAAGUGUACCGGUGCUCUCAGCGGAAGAGGCCCAGAAGUACAAGGAUGCUUGGAGUCAUGGAUGGAAGGCCGUGUCUCUAUCGGACCCCCGAAUUAAGUUCGCUGUCACAAAGCGAAUAUUUCAGCUCACGGGGCAACUGAUCCGCGACCACCAGCUAUCCAGCAUCGCAGACGUCCGGUCACUGCUACACGCGGUGCAGAAACCGCCAAAACUCAAGACCCUUACCCAGGAGAUCCAGGAGCGCCGGCAAGAUCUCGUACAGCUGCCCAACGUGUCCUUCGCGACGAAGCGCGUCACGCGCGGCGACAGGGAGAAGGCGGUUGGACGAUUCAAGCUUAUAGAAGAGGAGCUGAAGAAGAGAGAUCUGCCUCUUGUGGGCCAUGGGUUUGUUCGGAAGAACAGGGAGCUCUCGCGGCUUAAGGGUGGAGUCUAG